AUGCCGGCUUCAUUGAGAAUCGAGAUAUUCCCCUCCAACCUCCAACGGAUGAUCGAUUUCUACACUGCCAUCUUGAACUUCACCUUGAUCCAACAUGAUAGCCAGUACGCCUACCUUCAGCGCGACAACAUUUUCAUUGGCUCGAUCGAGACUGGUUCGACGGAAGCACUCGAACAGAAGCUAAGCUAG